GUGGAGGGCGCGUUGCCAUGGCAACCGAGGCCUGCUCUGUCGGGUGGCUUCCGCGGCUCUUCUGGGGCGGGUCUGAGAGUCCCGUUUUUCCUGUGUCCUGGAAUCUGGGGAUCCCGAGGAUCUUGCAAAAUGAGUCCCUUGUGACGUAGAACGGAGCCGGGGGCUUGGUGCAGGGUGGAUACAGGGCCCCAGCGUACCCCGGCAUUGCGGGCUGGAUGGGUCUGUGCGAGUCCACGUUUCCCCAGCUGAGCAGAGCUUUGAGGCCCCAGGAGAAGGAUAUCCUGAGGUAUCCCCUGAUCAUCUUUGUGGUGGGGGGGCCUGGCUGCGGGAAAGGGACCCAAUGCAGAAACAUGGCUAUGAAAUACGGCUUCUACCACGUGGAGCUGGGCCAGCUGCUGCGGGAGGAGGCUCAGAGAAGCACCCAGAGAAGCCGGCAGAUCCGGGACAUCAUGCAGAAGGGACUCCUGGUACCCACGGGUCUCAUUCUGGACAUGAUCAGUGACAACUUGUUAUCUUAUCCAAAGAGCCGCGGCUUCCUCAUCGAUGGCUUCCCCAGAGAGCUGGAACAGGCCAGAGAGUUUGAGCGCAUUGUGGGCAGGGCCCCCAACGUAGUCAUAGUGUUUGACUGCUCCAUGGAGACCAUGGUGCGCAGAGUGCUACGACGAGGACAGGUGGAGCACCGGGCAGAUGAUUCAGAGCCGGCCAUCCGCAAGCGCCUAGAGACGCACUACACCCUAUGUGAGCCUGUCCUGACCUUUUACCAGCAAAAGAACCUUCUGCGAUAUAUACUGGCUGAAGAAGCCCCUGAAAACAUCUUUGCCAAGUGCUGUUCCGUCAUUGAGAGUCUGCAGUGAGCUAGGGCAGACACAGGUACCUAGCACAGCUGGAGGGAAACCAAAGUCACCUAGAAGUGGCAGCUGCUACUGCAUCAUGUGGACUCUGGAUUAUGCUUUAACACCUACAUCUGCUUCAGAAGCCUACUUGAAGGGCAGGGGAGACAGACCGACAGACCACAGCCAGCAAGACACAGGGAGGUUUUGUUACCAUUUAUUUGUGAAGUUAAAAACGAGCGAUAAAAAGUAAAAACUGCCAUACAA